AUGUCCGGCACAAACGGUAUCGCCUCGCCGCAGACAACAACGUCGCCGACCCGACGCCACCAGAUCAAACGAUCGCUGUCCGAGUUUACAUCCCCUGGCAAGUCAAGCCGCGCCAGGAAAGACCGCCUAGGCAACGGCAAUCACGAUGAGGGCAGCGGCGGUGCAGGCAGUAGCAGCAUCCGGCAUCCCCGUCAGGCGUCUCUGGCCCCAGGCGGAGUUGCUCGCAUGUCCCUCGACAUGCCGCGCAGCAACAACUUCUCACCUGCCAUGAGCCCUGACCAGAGUAGACGAGGCAGCGCGCUCAACCCACAAAUGGCGCCACCCCUUGCCAAGGAGACCAAAGCUAAAGAGGGGGAGCAAAAGGCGAGCUCGACGAGGAGCAGCAAUGCCCAGCUGCGGCAGAACCAGGCGACGAUCGCUGGCAAUACUGAAACGCUGACACAAUCACUCGUCGAGCUUAAUGACUUUUCGGCCAAUGCCUCUCGGCAACUCGACGAUGCCUACUACGCUGUCCUCGAAAAGAUGAGCGCCCUACACUCUACCAUUACGUCGCUCAAGGGGCUUGCCGAGACAUCGCAUAGUAUACAUGAUACGUUUGAAAAGGACUCCCGCGGGCUGGAGAACCAGAUUGCGACGCAGCUGGGUGCCAUGGGCCACUUUCAGAACCACCAGACCAAAGUGACAUCGCUGCAGAAGCGCAUCGACAAGGGGCGCGCCAAGGUCAAGUCGCUGAGCGACCGGGUCGAGACGGUGCGGCAGCGGAUCGAGAAGUGGGAGCGGGCGGACCGCCAGUGGCAGGAGCGAACGCGGCGCAGGCUCAAGAUUAUCUGGUCCGUCAUGUCGGUCGCGGUGCUGGUCCUGAUUGUCCUAUUAUGGACGGUGAGCAGCUCGGCGCACGGCCCGCGGGCGGCGGGUGCCGGGCCGACGGACGAGCUGGGGCGCGCCAUUUCAAUCCUCGAACCCUUCAACGCUUCCGACUCGAGACAACCGCCAGGACCGGAAGGCACAGAAGCCCAGACGAGGAUCCUGUGGAAGACGCCUGCACGGGGAACGGAUCGUCUGCGUGCAUUUGAUGAGCUCUGA